GAGACAGGUGUUUUCCAUGAAUGUAUAACAUUGAACUAAGAUGAUUUUUUCUUCUUCUAAAUGACGUCCAACCUUUAAAUGAAAGAAAAUUGAUACAGCUCUAGUUAAUGAGAUGUUGUCUAAAGCGGUGCUUCAGAAAUCUUUCAAAGUAAAAGGUAUUGAAAACGGAUAUCACAUUUCAUGUGUGGAUGCGAACCGGGCUUGGAUAACUGGAUCAUCUAGAAAUCUUAUAUUAACAGACGAAUUAGGAGAAACGUUAGACUGCCUUACAGACAUAGAUAGCACUAGAGGUAAUCAUUCUGUCACCCAGGGCGGUGAUCUGAUUUAUAUUAACGUGACGAGAACUAUAACAUCAACAAACUUUCUGCACAUGAUAAAACAAAGAUUCCAUUCAUAAAGGCAUCAGAGUCAUGGACCGCUCGGUGUAUUUGCGUAUCUCGCACUUCUGGAGAUCUGCUGGUUGGAAUGUUAAAAAGAGUUCCCGGCCCUGCUGUAGAAAGGGGAGCAAAGAUAGCUCGUUAUAACUCGGAAGGUCAAGAGACCCAAACCAUCCAGUACACAUGGACGGGAAGAAAACUCUUCACAUAUCCUGUGUAUAUAGCAGAAAAUCUUAAUGGAGAUGUCAUGGAGUCGGAUUGGAACCGUGUGGUAGUGACGGAUCGGGAGGGAGAGAUUCGCUUCUGCUACCCAGAUAAUCGACAUGAAGAACUUUCUCCGUGGGGAAUUUGCACAGACUCUCUGUUACAUAUCCUUAUUUGUGAUACGUCCACCUAUACUGUCCGCAUGCUGGAUAAGGUUGGGUAUUUUCUUCAAUAUUUACUGACGACUGAAGAUGGAAUAACUGAGUUUCGAAGUUUGAGUUACGAUUACAAAAUUGAUCUUCUUUGGGUUGGAUCUUUGGACGACAACACUGUGUUUGUGUUUAAAUACAUAGAGAAAGAAAACACACCGCAAGAUGACAAGGAUACAAUCAUGGAGAAGGCAAUUGAAAAGGAUUUCCCGGGGACUAAAUCAGCGAGCACCACAAAGAUAAGUGAAACUGAGGGCGCCACUCAAGUGAGUGAAACUGAAGACCCUACUGAUGAGGUUGAAACUACAGACUCCACCGAGGUUACCAAAACUGGGGACAUCACGGAAAUUACUGACACUAAAGACCCCACCGAUGUGGCUGAAACUAAAUACCCUCCUGAUGUAACCGAAACUGGAAACACCACUGAAGUGAAUGAAACUAAAGACGCAACUGUCUUCGAACCAAUCUAG